GUUAUUUUUUGUCUGCUGUAUUAGUAUGAGUUUCAAGAAGACAAGUUCCUUGUCUUUUUCUUGUUUCUGCAUGCCUGGGAAAAUGUGUACACACACACACACACACACACACACACACACACACACAUACACACAUACACACACACAUACACACAGUCAUGCAUUGCUUAACCAUGGAGACACGUCCUGAUAAAUGCAUUUUGUGUUGACAUCAUUGAAUAUGAGGUCACAGACUUGGAAUGACCUUGUGAUACAAUCAAGAGAUGUGGGAAACACAAGAUGUAUGAGAUUGCUUUUGGUGCAAUACAGCAUACUGUUUUAUAGUAAAUUUUUGUAUUUUAAUAGUAGAAGGAGGGUACUCUGAACAUAACAAUGAAAAGUAUAGACUAGUAAAUAUGUGAGCUAAUAACAUAGUCAUUUAUUAUUAGUAGAAGUAGGCUAUGCUUUUUCACUAGUCAGUGAAAAUACUUCAGGUCUAUUAUAAUCUUAAGGGACCAAUGUCAUAUAGACAACUGUUAUGUGGUAUGUGAUUAUGUGUGUGUGUUGAAUGUGUUUCCUUUAGUAUUGAAAGAGUGGGCCCUCAUGACUAACCUAGUUAUAUAGUCCAGUUUAUAUUAUUCCCUGAUUGUUUUAUUUUGUCUCCAGUGAGGUCUUAAGCUACUUUGGGAUGUAAGCUCUUAUAUAUUUUCUAUUUAUUCUCUGUAUCUAAUAGGUGCUUGGCAAAUCAUUUAGCUGACUUGACGUUCAAGGCAUACUUUCAGCCUUUUGAAAAUGCAUCAUUGCAGUCUUCUGAGAGGGAAUGUGAAGAUGCUUAAAGAGCGUCCAGGGAUGGCGGAAGAUCCUCAGCAGCAAAUGGGUAUUCCUGUGGUGAAAAUGGAGAAAGAGUUGCCAUGGGGCAGGGCAAGAGAAGACUCCAGUCCUGAGACUUUUCGCCUGAGGUUUCGGCAGUUCCGCUAUCAGGAGGCAGCGGGUCCCCAAGAAGCCCUCAGGGAGCUCCAAGAGCUCUGUCGUGGGUGGCUGAGGCCUGAGCUGCACACCAAGGAGCAGAUCCUGGAGCUUCUGGUGCUGGAGCAGUUCCUGACCAUCCUGCCUAGGGAGUUUUAUACCUGGAUCCGAGAUCACGGCCUGGAGAGUGGCAAGGCUUUGGUGACCAUGGUGGAGGACUUGACAGAGAAUGCGCUGGAGGCCAAGGCGGUUCCAUGCCACAUGCAGGGAGAACAGCAGAAGACAGCCCUUGGCAGAGGUGCUUGGGAGCCAGGCGUCCACCUGGAGCCAGUGGAGGUCAAGCCUGAGUGGGGGAUGCCCCACGGGGAAGGAAUUCAAGUCCUAGACCAAAGAACGGAAGAGCAGCUAAGUCAGGACCCUGGAGAUGGGACACAGGCCUUCCAAGAACAGGCACUCCCUCUUCUUCAGAUGGGUCCAGGCCUCCCUCCAAUGAACACCAGAGACCAAGAGAUGGCAGCUGGGUUUCUUUCAGCAGGAGCACAGGGAUUGGGGACCUUUAAAGACAUGGCCCUGCCUUUUCCUGAGGAGGAGUGGAGGCAUGUGACCCCAGCCCAGAUUGACUGCUUUGGGGAAUAUGUGGAACCACAGGAAUGUGGGGUCUCUUCAGGCAUUGGGAGCAAGGAAAAGGAGUCAAAACCCCAGCAGGAAGACCUUAAAGGGGCAUUUGCUGGGCUGUCAACUGAGAGGUUUGGGGAAGCUGCUGUCCCUGGACCUGAGCUGGGAGGAACCUGUGAACAGGAGCCUGGGGAAUCCGGAAGCGGCCUGCCAGGACUUCCUGCUCCGCAGCACAGUGUCCCCUUGCCUGAGGAUCUCAAAACCCAGAGUUCCUUCUGGAAGCCUUUCCAGUGCCCCGAGUGUGGGAAAGGCUUCAGUCGGAGCUCCAAUCUCGUCAGACACCAGCGAACCCAUGAAGAGGAGAAGUCCUAUGGCUGCGUGGAGUGUGGGAAGGGCUUCACCUUGAGGGAGUACCUCAUGAAGCACCAGAGGACCCAUCUGGGAAAGAGGCCCUACGUGUGCAAUGAGUGCUGGAAGACCUUCAGCCAGAGACACCACCUGGAGGUCCACCAGCGGAGCCACACAGGGGAGAAGCCCUACAAGUGCGGGGACUGUUGGAAGAGCUUCAGCCGGAGGCAGCACCUGCAGGUGCACCGGAGGACGCACACCGGUGAGAAGCCCUACACCUGCGAGUGCGGCAAGAGUUUCAGCAGGAAUGCCAACCUAGCUGUGCACCGGCGAGCCCACACCGGGGAAAAGCCCUAUGGGUGCCAGGUGUGCGGGAAGCGGUUCAGCAAAGGGGAGCGGCUGGUCCGACACCAGAGGAUCCACACGGGAGAGAAGCCCUACCACUGCCCCUCCUGCGGUCGGAGCUUCAACCAGAGGUCCAUCCUCAACCGGCACCAGAAGACCCAGCAUCGCCUGGAGCCCCCGGUGCAGUGAGGGCACCACCUGAGGAAUCCCUGCCCCAGGGUAUUCUUCAUCUUUUUGAUGGGCUUGGAGGACAAACAGUGAUGGCAUGCAGGAAGGCUCUCGGGCCGUUUCCUUUCCACUGACUCAAACCCAGGCGGAGGACAAGUCUGGCUUAUUGAGAGCUCCCAGAGGGCAAAGCCGCCCAUGCCUCCUAUCUAAGUGGUGCCUAUGGUUUUUCUGGUAACCUUUAAGGGAAACAGUAUUCUGAACUUUAGUUCAGGCUGGGAUUUUUCCCCUCAGUUGGGUGUUUGGACACACCUCCAAGUCCAGUAGUAGGGGCAGAAUUUUGUCAGUGGUUGGCAGCUUGAAGCUCAUUAUCCUGGGUCUCUAUCCUGCCUGUGAGAUCUAGCUCAGACUCACCUGACACUUUUCCAUUUACAAAUAUUUAUUAAACACCUACUAUGCUCCUGGCACUGAGAAUACCGUGGUGAAUGACAGACACAGACGAGACCUUGUUAUCACAGAGGAUUCCAAAGUGCGUUGUGUUGCAAGGGCCAUGUGAGGGCCUCUUGUCACGUUCUGCCAGCCUGCUUCCUGCUGGACCUCACCUCGGCCUCCACGCCGCUGGGAUCUUCUCUCAGGCAGCCUCCUUUGUUUUGCUUCAUUUGUAGCCUUUUUCUCUGACUGUAAUAUUCUUCCCUCAUCUGUAAAGUUUUCCCAUCCCAGCAUAUUCCUUGCACUAUAACAACAGCUAUUAGGAAAUUAAUAUUUUGCUAUUGAUCAUGAAUAAACAUAAACUGUAUUUUUAAAAAAUGUUGCAUUCUGCCAAAAGAUUAGAUUAAAUGAGUCUGAAAGGUGAACUAGUAUUAAUGCCCUAUAUCAUGGCACUUUAUCUGACAUAUAAAAAUGCUUUUCUAUAUUUUUAAAAAAAAAUUUUUUAUUGUUUUAGUUUUAGGUGGACACAGUAUCUUUAUUUAAUUUUAUGUGGUGCUGAGGAUUGAACUCAGUGCCUCAUGUAUGUUAAGUGAGUGCUCUACCACUGAGCCACAACCCCAGCCCUUUCUAUAUGUUCUUAUCUGAUUCAUUUCAUAAGUAAUUAGGCCCUGCAAUGUGCCUGGAACUCUUCUGGUACUUGAGAUACAUCAGUGAAUGUGAUAGGGGAAAAUUUCUAACUCUGCAGAUUGCGUGUUUUAGUGAUGCACUUGAUCUUCAGAAUCUGUGGAUACUUCCAUGAGCCCUCUGGGCCUGGCAGGUGUUCUUGGUCCUGUUGGCGUACUUUCCUGAGUUGCAGUCACCACCUAUCUCUUAAUAGUCUCUGUCCUUUUCAUCUGGACCCUUACUUCCCGAGAUACUUGGGGUCCUGGACACCAAUUAGAGAUGAUAAAGUGGUAGUGACCUAUUUUUCAUGAGUGCUGAUUCAGGAAAACUGAUGUUUGUAGGCAUUUAUAACAUUUCUUUAAGAAUUAGAAGCUGCAGUAUUUUUAACUGUGUUUACAUUUUCUUAUAUUAUUUUGCCAUCAAAAAGGGUUUUCUUGCUGUUUGAGAUUCUGGGCCCGGCAUAAUGAGGAUGAAUUGCACUGCAGCAACAUUGUUAUGCUGUGCCUUGAACACUGGCUGCUAAGUUUUUCUUUUGUCAACUGUGUGUCAUUAUAAUUGCAAGAUGUCAUUUGUUUGAUGGUACCUUGUAAUGUCAUAUUCUUUGAGAUUUCUUUCCCCCAUUCUGCACUGCAAAUGAGAUAAGUGGUAGUGAUGAGCAUUUGUAUUACGCAGUCCACUUGGAAACAUGUGCUUUUAUCACCUAUUUCCUGGCAGGCAGCCACAAGUUUAUUUUUGACUUAGCAAAUAACCCUUUUGGUCCUCCUGGCUUAUCUGUGGGGACUGUGAAGUUGUGCUAAACUAGGGUGAAGUGUUAUUGAGUCAUCCACACAGGGCUGCUGCAGAGGUCCAUAUGGAAAACCAGUCUCCCAGCCCCCCAAUUCUUAGACAAGUUUGGCAAGACAGCCAGUGCCCUGCCAGCCAAGCCCAGUUGGAGGCUUCCUGUCCUCAGGAUUUGGGAUAGACUCGCUUGAGUGUAUUUUUUCCAAAAAAUCUGUCUCUCAAAGCCAGGCAGGGACCAUGGAGGCUGCUGUAUUAGUGUCUGUAUUUACUUGAAUUAAGUUAUUGAUUGAUUUUGAUCAUGCACUUAGCUGAACAGGCCUCUGGGUUUUCAGCCAGUUGGAAUCUCUUGAGAGAAACUUCAGUAGGAGCUGAGCCUUGCCUUCCUGCUCAUUUGUCCUCUUCCAUGUCUGCUCUGAGGCCAAAGCAUAUGGACAAUGUUUUCAAAAAGCUUCCAUUAAAAGGGAGUUUUUCCCAUGGAAUUAUA